CUCGUUCGCUUUGAAACUGACAGCCUUAAACCCUAACAGUCCACAUGAUCCUAACUCGCCUCUCCCGCCAAAAACAACUACCACUCUCAAUCACGGCCACGCUCCUCACGCGCCACUUCUCCACCUCCCCCUCCUCCUCAAAGCUUCGCGACCAUUACUCCUUCCAGCCACCACCAUCCCUUUCUCCAAACCCCCAAAACACCACCCCGAAUCCUAACCCGAACAAAAAGCAGAAACCCAAAUACCGACCACCGUCGUCGCUCGAUCAGAUAAAACCGACACAUUCCGAUUUGCCCUUCGAUUUCCGGUUCAGUUACACUGAGAGCAGCCCGACGGUGAGGCCCAUUGGGCUCAGAGAGCCCAAGUACUCGCCGUUCGGACCAGGCCGAUUGGACCGUGAAUGGACCGGGGUUUGUGCUCCAGCUGUGGACCCGAGGGUGAAAUCGGUGGAGGGUUCGGGGGAUCCAAAAUUGGAGGAGAAGAGGAGGCUGCUGAGAGAGAGGAUUCAGGGGACGCCUCUUACUGAGGCUGAGAGAAAGAUUUUGGUGGAAAAGUGUCAGAGAAAUAGAACUAAAAGGCAAAUAAAUUUGGGGAGAGACGGUUUAACACAUAACAUGCUGAAUGAUAUUCAUAAUCAUUGGAAAUAUACUGAAGCAGUUAGGAUUAAGUGUCUUGGUGUCCCCACUGUUGACAUGAGGAACGUGUGCACCCAGCUUGAGGAUAAAACAUUUGGAAAGAUCAUCCAGAGGCAUGGUGGUACACUUAUAUUGUACAGAGGCCGGAAUUAUAAUCACAAGAAAAGACCUGUAAUUCCUUUAAUGUUGUGGAAACCUCAUGAGCCUGUUUAUCCCAGGUUGAUUAAAACUACUAUUGAUGGUCUAAGUAUUGAGGAAACAAAAGAAAUGAGAAAGAGAGGACUAGCUGUUCCUGUUCUAACAAAACUUGCCAAGAAUGGUUAUUAUGGUAGUCUGGCACCCAUGGUCAGAGAUGCUUUUCUUGUCAGCGAGCUGGUGCGUAUUGACUGCACGGGACUUGAAAGAAGUGAUUACAAGAAAAUAGGCUGCAAACUCAGGGACCUGGUUCCUUGUAUCCUUGUGACAUUUGACAAGGAGCAGGUUGUGGUGUGGAGAGGAAGGGACUACAAGCCUCCAGAAGAUGGGCGUUUCUUCAGCGACCGAGAAUUUUUUGAUGAGCCAAGUGGUGAUGUGGAGAGAUGUGAUAGCUCGGAUGAGAGAAAUGGUCAAUAGGUCUGCAUCUGUAAUAUCCCCCAAAUGUAUUUAUUUGCACUUAUCUAAGAAAUGAAAAAGAUGGAAAUUAUAGGAUCAAAGAUCUUGGAGAACUGCAUGAUCAGAUGAAUGUAUUUGUCUGUUUAUUAGUUAUUACGUACUCUUCAGGAUUCUCACAACUUCAGAGCAGAUUGUAAAUCUUUGCACAUGCACUGUAUUUGUCAGAGUUUAGAUCUGGAAUAUAAUAUGUCAUCAACCACGAUUGCA